UGUUAAGUAUUUAUUAAAGAUAAACACAUUUAUUGAAAUAAAACAGUAAAAUACACUGAAACUCUGAAACACUCAAAGCCAGAACUUUCCUCCAGAGCAUCUUUCAUCUCAAUGACGCUCAAAGACGAGUUCCACCAAUCAGGGCGCUUCGUCACCGUGACGUCACGCGAACAACCCGGAAGCCCCGCCUAGUCAGAAAAACAUGUUGCCCUGGGUUACGAACUUUCCACCAAUCACAGCGAGGCAAAGCGACAUGGACGAGCUCUGAGCUGCGGUUCUGAGGGAAAGCGUGUAGCAGCAAAUAAAGCGAGAGAAAGAAACAGAUUUAAGCCUUUUUUCCUCUUUUUUUUGUGGCAGGACAUUUUCAUCUUUCCAUGAUCAGUAAUGACAAUGCUGGGCAUGUACGUGCCAGACAGGUUCGCUCUGAAGUCCUCCAAAGUCCAGGACGGAGUCGGGCUGUACACUGCGAGACGGGUCAAGAAGGGGGAGAAAUUCGGGCCAUUUGCGGGCGAGAAGAGGAUGCCUGGUGAUCUGGAUGAGAGCAUGGACCCGAGGCUGAUGUGGGAGGUUCGAGGGAACAGAGGCGAUGUGCUGUACAUCCUGGACGCCAGAAACCCUCGCCACGCUAACUGGCUGCGCUUCGUGCAUCAGGCGCCGUCCCAGGAGCAGAAGAACCUGGCAGCUAUUCAGGACGGGGAGAACAUCUUUUACCUCGCCAUCAACGACAUCGAGACGGAUACGGAGCUCCUCAUCGGCUACCUGGACAGCGACAUGGAGGAGGAAGAGGAGGAUGAGAUCGUCAAAGACGAAGAGGAGGACACCAAAGAGGUCAAGAGCGUCAGCUCUCAGCCAGAGUCAGCGAUAAAGCAGGAGGACCACCUGUGUCUGCUGUGUGAGAGCAGCUUCCCCAGUGAGGAGGUUCUGGCUGAACACCUUCAGAGUUUACAUCAGAGAGCCAGCGCCGAGGACAAGGAGUUCAAGUGCCGCAACUGUGGCAAAGAGUUCCCCGUUAAACAGGCCCUGCAGCGCCACGUUCUCCACUGCACUGAAAGUUCUGCCUCGGCCGGAGAUGCUUCCCGAGUUCACCAGUGUGCUCUAUGUCACUGCUCCUUCAGCUCCGAAUCCAGCUUUGAACAGCACAAGGAAGCAUGUAAAGGAGAAGCCCGGUUUGCGUGUAAGGCAGAGAGCUGUGGGAAAAGGUUCAAGAGCAAAGACGCCCUGAAGAAGCACAAAAGCAACGUACACACAGGCGGCACUCGCAGUAAGCUCAUAUGCACCAUCUGCAAUAGAAAAUGCUCGUCUUCAGUCAACCUGCAGGAGCACCGCAAGAUCCACGAGAUAUUCGACUGUCCUGCAUGCGACAAAAAGUUCAUCUCGACCAAUCAGUUGAAGCGCCAUAUGAUCACACACUCAGAGAAGCGACCGUACACCUGUGAGAUCUGCAACCGCAGUUUCAAGCGAUUGGACCAGGUGACGGCUCAUAAAAUCAUCCACAGUGAGGACAAACCGUACAAGUGCAAGCUGUGCUGGAAGGAGUUCGCUCAUCGCAACGUCUACAAGAACCACAAGAAGACACACUCCGAGGAAAGGCCGUUCCAGUGUGAGGAGUGUAAGGCUCUAUUCCGGACACCGUUCUCCCUCCAGCGCCAUCUCCUCAUCCACAACAGUGAGAGGACUUUCAAGUGCGAUCAGUGCGACGCCACGUUUAAGCGCAAGGACACGCUGAACGUGCACAUACAGGUGGUGCACGACGGACACAAGAAGUACAAGUGCGACCUGUGCGAGAAAGCCUUCGUCACGCCCUCCGUGCUCAAGAGCCACAAGAAGACUCACACCGGAGAGAAGGAAAAGAUCUGUCCGUACUGCGGUCAAAAGUUCGCCAGCAAUGGGACCCUGAGGGUGCACAUUCGCAGCCAUACAGGUGAACGCCCUUACCAGUGCCCGUACUGUGACAAGGCCUUCAGCAAGAAUGAUGGGCUGAAGAUGCAUAUACGUACACACACUCGGGAGAAGCCGUAUAAAUGCAGCGAGUGCAACAAGGCCUUCAGUCAGAAGCGAGGUCUGGACGAACACAUGCGCACACACACCGGAGAGAAACCCUUCCAAUGUGAUGUGUGUGACCUGUCGUUCAGCCUGAAGAAGAUGCUGAUCCGCCACAAGCUCACCCACAACCCCAAUCGCCCCAUGGCCGAGUGCUCACUCUGCCACAAGAAGUUCACCCGCAACGACUACCUCAAAGUGCACAUGGAGAACGUCCACGGGGAGACAGAUGGCUGAACACAGGUCACACUCACCUCUGGAUAUGGACCAUCACACACACACACACAUUUGACUUAUUAUCCUUGUUAGGACCUCAGAAGGACCUCACUAAUAUUAUCAAUGUAGCUAAUUCACUUCAUUACAUAGAACCAUGUCCCUACACACACACACACACACACACACACACAGACUGUAAUAAAUGACAGCAAGUGAACAUUUUUAUACAUCAAUUAUUUCCUAUUGUAAGGUAACAGAGAUUGUAUAUAUAUUUUUUUACGUUUGAUUCGAUCUUCAUCGAUAUUCAGGAUUGUUUCACUCUGUGGAGCCGCAUUACAGCGCUGGACAAUCAGACGUCAGUCAGAUAUCUCAGAUACUUCAUCUCAGAGUGAAACAUGCGAAGAUUUUCCCCCAAAUGUACGCAUAAACACACUGAAUUGAUUCGCUAGCACACAG